GGUGAAGCGUGGUAGAGCUUGUUGCGUCUGCGAGCCCUCAUUGGCAAUUCGUUGUUUGUGGCGCGAAGUGACGGAAGUUGAUAUUCGCUGGCCUUUGAAGCCAGUGUGUGCGUGCGCAUGUGAGAGCGUUUUCGUGUGCGCGUAACUUUUAGAGCGGCAGGAGAGCUGACCCAGUGCUGUAUAUUUACAAGGAAGUGCGCUAGACGAUGGGCUUCCAGCGGACAAAGGCGGCGAUGGCCACAGCAGUUGUCGUUAUGUUCACGAUUGCCCUGCGACAUGCGGCGGCCAUUGACCGGAGGCCCGUGUACAACAUCGCCCACAUGGUGAACUCCAUAGCGAAGCUGGACGAAGCCAUGGCCGACGGCGCCAACUCGGUGGAAGCUGACGUGAGCUUCGCCGAUAACGGCACGGCGACCAGGCUCUUCCACGGCGUGCCGUGCGACUGCUUCAGGGCGUGCGAUAUCGAGGAGGAUGUGCCUCGCUUCCUGCAGUACGUCCGCAAGACGACGAGCGGCCGUGGCGCGAAAUACAGCGAUAAACUGGCCCUUCUCUUUUUGGAUCUCAAAGUGACCAACGUCGAAGAAAAGCAAAAAUACCGGGCCGGUGUCGACAUCGGGCGAAAACUCCUGCGAGACCUCUGGAAGAGAGUACCUACAUGGCAAGCGAUGAACGUCCUACUGUCCGUUCCAAGCGUCUCCGACAAAGAAGUGCUGCGCGGGGCAGUCCACACAGUUUCUCGCUUAUCACCCAUCAUGCUGGACAAGAUAGGAUUUGAUAUCAGCAACAAUGACAAGCUGGACAAUAUACGAAGCCUGUACGCGGACCUCGGCAUACAAGGUCACCGCUGGCAAGGGGAUGGCAUCUCAAACUGCCUGUCUUACCUGCGACCAGCCGCCAGGAUCCAGGAUAUCAUCGACAACCGCGAAACUGAAGAAGUUGGCCGCUACGUUGAGAAGGCUUACCAGUGGACGGUGGACCUGCCCAAACAGAUUCGUCGCUCACUCAGGAGGGGCGUGGAUGGCAUAAUCACGAAUAAGCCUCAGCGCUUAGCGAGGAUUAUGCGGGAAGGCGAAUUCAACACCACUCUGCGACCCGCCAACGUCGCCGACAGUCCCUGGACUCGCUUCGGCGGCCUGUCUCCGCUUCCAAGGCUGCCCUCGGACGACAUGGACAUUCUAGGAGACGACGACUUUCCGCGGUCGCGUUGACAGCCAGGGCCGAGCCGACAUAACCUAUUGAGACUGUGAAUGAUUCUAGACUAAACUACACGUGCUGCCUAUAUGCGUGAGUCGUGGCUUCUAAUCGCGAAGCAGAGGCAAAGAAUCAUCACCUGUCACAAAACACACAUAAACUAUAAAAAACCUGCAG